AUGGAUGUUUUGAGCAAGGCUCUUCCGGAUUAUUGCUUAAACAAAACAGACUUUUUAAAAAACGAGAAGAACAAAAUUAUCGAAGAGGAUAACGAGAUGACAUUGAAUAAUGAGGAAAUUUUGCAUCCCACAAAUUUCUCUACCAACGGGACAAGCGACGGAUGUAGAGAAAACCCCCUCAGCACGAAUAGCACCCAAGUGGUAAGCAACAAUGGUGACACAAAUAGUGCAGACAGCGUCAAGGUAAACCCCGAGCAAACAACUCUGAAGGGAAAGAACAACCUCUACCUGAACGGGGCGAAUGCUAACGGAGGGAGCAGCCAAACAAAAGGCGAAGAGGAGGGAGAAGUGCACAUCGUGUACGCCUACGUGGUGAGUGACUCCAAAAAAACAAUCCUCUCCAACAGUGAACUCAUAUCCAUGCGCAUAUCCAUGCGCAUAUCCACACACACAUCCACACACACAUCCACACACACAUCCACGCACACAUCCACGCACAUACCCCCCGAUAAGGAUAAAAACUAUACAGUAAAAAUGAAAAUAAAAAAAUUGCCCUCUCAGCGAAAUGGCCAUUUUUUAUGUUUAACCAAAAAUGGGGAAAUCCUCUCCAUAGGGGGAAGUGAUGGCAAAAAAAAAUACGGAGUGGUUGAAAAAUUCUCUGCAGACAAACAGACAUGGAAACAAAUAAAUCUCAUGCAUUUUCCAAGAUCCAAUUUCUGUGGAAUAUGUACAGAAGAUGAUGACCUUUUCAUUUUAGGAGGGGAAGGCAAUCACCAUAUUUUAAACAGUGUAGAAUACUACGACAGCAAAAUAAAUUCGUGGAGGUCCCUCCCCCCUCUUAACUGUGUCAGACACUCUGCUAGUGCAAGCAUCUUUAAAAAUGUUAUUUUUGUGCUUGGGGGGAAGGACGGAAUUGGGGACUAUGGCAAGGUGCACAAAAGUAUGGAAAUGCUAAAUUUGAAGGACAAAAAUAUGAAGUGGAUUAUGGGUAAGCCUUUAAAGCAGGCGCGUCUCGGCCUUGCCACUGUGGUGUUUCAGGACAAGCUGUAUGCCAUAGGCGGAUCAACCGGCGUGAAGGACCUCAGCUCUGUCGAAAUAUAUGACUUCCAGACAGGCGAAUGGACGGGGGGACCUAGCUUAAACUUCUCCCGUUCGAACUUUGUCGUCUUUGUUUGGAACAACCAAUUGGUGGCAUACGGCGGCGUGAGCAAGCACCGGCGGGACCUUAUAAAGAGGGCCGAAAUACUAAACGAAGAAGGGACACGUUGGCUGCUGCUGAAUGAAGAUGGGUCACAAUAA